GGAGGAGGAGAAGGAAGAGGCCUCCGCUGAGGAGGAGGUGGUCGACCUCUCGCUCGAGUGGAUCCAGGAGCUGCCUGAGGACCUGGAUGUCUGCAUCGCUCAGCGGGACUUCGAGGGGGCGGUGGACCUCUUGGACAAACUCAACGAGUACCUGGGGGACAAGCCUGUGAGCCAGCCCGUGAAGGAGCUGCGGGCCAAGGUGGAUGAGCGGGUCCGGCAGCUUACGGACGUGCUCGUCUUUGAGCUGUCUCCAGACCGCUCGCUGCGGGGAGGACCGCGGGCCACCCGCCGAGCCGUGUCCCAGCUCAUUCGCUUGGGCCAGUCCACCAAGGCGUGUGAGCUCUUCCUGAAGAACCGGGCGGCCGCGGUGCAAACAGCCAUCCGACAGCUGCGCAUCGAGGGCGCCACGCUGCUCUACAUCCACAAGCUCUGCCACGUCUUCUUCACCAGCCUCCUGGAGACGGCGAGGGAGUUCGAGACGGACUUCGCCGGCAACAACGGCUGGUACGUCGUCUGGGCCCGAUCUUCCGUGGGGAUGUUUGUAGAUGCCUUCAGCAAGCAAGUGUUUGAUAGUAAAGAGAGCUUGUCAACUGCGGCAGAGUGCGUCAAGGUAGCUAAAGAGCACUGCAAGCAGCUUAGCGAGAUUGGACUGGAUCUCACCUUCAUCAUUCAUGCCCUUCUGGUAAAGGAUAUCAAAGGUGCUUUGCAGAGCUACAAGGAUAUCAUCAUCGAGGCCACCAAGCACCGCAACUCCGAGGAGAUGUGGAGAAAGAUGAACCUGAUGACUCCAGAGGCACUGGGGAAACUCAGGGAGGAGAUGAGGAGCUGUGGGGUAGGCAAUUUUGACCAAUACACAGGUGAUGACUGCUGGGUUAACCUUAGCUAUACUGUAGUAGCUUUCACUAAGCAGACUAUGGCCUUCUUGGAGGAAGCGUUAAAGCUUUACUUCCCAGAGCUACAUAUGGUUCUUUUGGAGAGUCUUGUGGAAAUCAUCCUGGUGGCUGUCCAGCAUGUCGACUACAGUUUACGGUGUGAGCAGGACCCUGAGAAGAAAGCGUUCAUUAGGCAGAAUGCUUCCUUCCUGUAUGAAACUGUCCUUCCUGUUGUGGAAAAAAGAUUUGAGGAAGGAGUUGGAAAGCCAGCCAAGCAGUUACAGGAUCUGAGAAAUGCUUCAAGAUUGAUGCGUGUAAAUCCGGAAAGUACCACCUCUGUGGUGUGAAGUGACCUGACUAAGAACAGUGUGUGAAAGCACUUACUGAAGAGGUUGUGUAUUGAAUAUGUAAACUAAAUGGGGGUUUUCUGAGUCCCUGUAAAAUACAGAAGUAAAACUGCUGGCUGCAGUUAUCCAGAAGCUGAAGAUUUAGAAUCAAAGCCUGAAAGGUUGCAACACUUUUCUUGGUGGAUAAGGGGAAAAGGAUCGAGAAGUAAGGUGGAAGUCACGUGUCUGUGGACAGCAUAUCCUGGGAGAAUGGCUUGUGUAGUGUUUGUGACUUGGGAAACACCAUAACAGACAAUUUUUGGCCAAAUGUUUGUGAAAGUCUUAAAUAUAUGUAUACUGUAUGGCAGGAAAAGA